AGUGGGCAGUGUUUCUUAAUGUUAACUUUAGCUAAAAGGGGGCUCCUCUUCCAGGGAGGAAUGCAAAUCUGGCUUGUUGGUGAUUUUAAGGAAAGAAAAGGAGAAAGAAUUGGGGGACACAAGUGAAUUUAAAAAAUCUGUUUAGUGCUUUGAAAAACACUUUCACAUAAAUUUACUCUCCACAGGCUUCUGCCUGAAUUAUGGCAGAUUGUAUUACAACUCUUGGAAGUGAAGAAAGGGGCAGAUUCAAGUAUGAGGAUUAUAAGAAAACUGCUGAGUGGCUUUUAUCCCAUACUAAAUAUCGACCUGAAAUUGCAGUGAUCUGUGGUUCUGGAUUGGGGGGGUUGGCGAAUAAACUGACCCAAUUCCAGGCCUUUGACUACAAUGAUAUACCCAACUUUCCUCAAAGCACAGUACCAGGACAUGCAGGGCGGUUGGUAUUUGGAUACUUACGUGACAAGUGCUGUGUGAUGAUGCAGGGCCGAUUCCACCCAUAUGAAGGCUACCCACUCUGGAAGGUAACAUUCCCUGUGAGGGUUUUCCGACUUAUGGAUGUGCACACCUUAAUUGUCACCAAUGCUGCUGGUGGGUUGAACCCUGAAUAUAAAGUUGGGGAUGUUAUGCUGAUCCGAGAUCAUAUCAACUUGGCAGGCCUCAGUGGCCAAAAUCCACUCAGAGGCCCAAAUGAUGACAGGUUUGGAGAAAGGUUUCCUCCCAUGUCUAAUGCCUACGACAGGAUUUUGAGACAGAAGGCCCAUCACAUAUGGAAGCAAAUGGAACAGGAAAGACCACUGCAGGAAGGAACCUAUGUUAUGGUGGGAGGGCCCAACUUUGAAACCAUUGCGGAGUGUCAGUUUCUGCAGAAACUAGGGGCUGAUGCUGUUGGGAUGAGUACAGUGCCAGAGGUGAUAGUGGCCAGGCAUUGUGGCAUUCGAGUUUUUGGAUUCUCCCUCAUUACGAACAAAUCGAUAUUGGAUUACGAAAGCCUGGAGACGGCCAAUCAUGAAGAGGUAUUGGUGGCUGGGAACUUGGCUGCAGAGAAGUUGGAGCGACUUGUCUGUACUCUUGUGGAAAACAUGCAGCCACCUUCUGAGAAGACUUUUUGACCCACCAGCUGCCUGGCCUCUCCUUUCCCCGCUGCCCACUUUGUAUUCCAGACAGUGGCCAGCUUUGCCUCCUUGUUUGAGCCAUUUAGCUUUCUGCCCUGAGGUUGGUAGAGAAGUAAGAAACAUUGGUAUUCCACCUCCUUGGAAUUACUACUUAUCCUUUCAGGCCCUUCCUAAUGGUACCUUAAUUCUCUUUUAUUCCACUGGUCCCUUCCCACCAUGGGUAAACUGGAUCAUUCCAUUGUAGCUCCUACUCACAGCCAACAUCCCAACAUCCUUCAUUCCACCUCCAGUAGACUUGUUUAUGGAUUAAGUCCACUUUACACUAAAGCUGCUGCUAAUAUUUUGAGAAGACUACUUAUGCAUUCCCUGAGGCCUCACCCUGCCAUCCUAUGACUUCUGAGGCUCUUUGUGGUCAAGACCAGUGUGUAUUACAGAUUUAGUACUAUGUGGGAAUAAAAAGACAGUUAGACAGAAAUGUUUCUGCCUUUCUGUGCUGACACUUGACUGGGUGGGGAACAAGAGUUUAGGCCAUAAGAAUGUGUAAGUAUGAUGAUAACAAAAGGUAUACAGGCUUCUUAGACAGUAAAGAAUGGAUGGAUGUUAUACUAGUUGUAUAUUAGUAAAUUGUGCUCAGGAUCUUCAACAGUUAAGACAGGGAGCAAUGUUUUCUUUUUAAACACAUUAAGUGCCACUGUGUGCAAAGGAUCUGUCAGGUGUUGUCAGAGAGACAAAUAAAAGAAGUUCCUACUGUCAAAGGGCAUUCGGUGUGGUAGGGGGAUAUGGGAUAUAAAUGCACAGUAGAAUAUAGAACAGCAUUGUUAGAGCCAGGAAAGAACUUGGAGUUCACUCAAUGUAAUCCCUCAUUUUAUAAAUGAGGAAACAGAAGGAAGAAUUCAAAGUCACAUAUAGCCAGUUAGCAUUCCAGCUACAGAAACCUGCAAGAACACAUACAGAAAGGCGGGAAAAAAUUCAAGGGCCAGUGAAUUAUCUCCUUUCUUCGGGUUCCUCAAGGAGGAUUAUAUGAAUAAGACCAAUAAGUCUUAAAUGCUUGGCUAAGGAAUCUGGGUUCCAGUCCAGAAAAAAAUGAGAAACUAUUAAUUUUGAGCAAGGGAGAGAUAUGAGCACAGUAGUAUGCCUGGUACAUUAGGAAGCUGACUAACAGUUCUCUAAAUUAGGACAGAGAGAGACAAGUUUAGAGGUCAGUUUAAAAGGUUAGACUGAAGUGCAACAGGCAUGAACUUAGGUGGUGACAGUAUUGAUACAUUCAAGAGAUGGCAGAGGUAGGAUACCUAAAACUUGACAACUGAUGUGGAAGGUCUGGGGAGUCAAAAAUGAUCCACAAGAUUCCAGCCUUUGGAAAGUUGGAAAAUAAUGGUGCUAUUAGGUUGAAAUUAGGAAGAACGGUGAAUUUUAUGGGAACACAGCUCUUAAUGAGUUUUGAUUCCCAGCACUGACAACCUUAGAUUUGGUCUAUAAUGCCUACAUGGAUCUGUACACUAAGCAGAUAGAUAGAAGUAUAGACCUAGACCUCAGGAGAGGUCAGAACAGGAGAUAAGAUUUUUGAAUUAUUGGCAUAGGGGUUAAUAGUCCUGGGAGUAUAUAAAACCAAGAAAGGGAGGUUCAGGGGGUGAGGCUGGGGCAAGGGAGAGUUUUUACAUUUAAGAGGUGGGAAGAGAAUGGCUCAGAUAUUUCAUAAAGGCAAGGAAUGAUGAGGACAAAAGUUUGAGUUCGGCAAUUAGGAGGUAGGUCAGUGGUAACUUUAAAGAACAGUUUCAUAAGAGAACAUGUGAGUAGUAGCCAUCAGACUAUAGGGGGCUGGGCAAACAAGUGGUCAGGAAGUAGCUAAACAAUGCACUUACCUUCUGAUUUUGUUUAACAAAGGAAUUAGGGCUCUCCUACAAGUAUAGCAUUUGUGGCUAUGCGUGAAACAAAGGAAGUAGUUUUUUUCUGUUUCCUAGAUAGCCAAAAUAUUCUACUAGGGCAAAAUUGUGAGACCAAUUUGGCACCCUUCUACUUUUAAGCUGAAUUUCCCUUCACUCCUGAUGGCCUUUGUCCCCAAGGCAACUACUGCUCUCCUGAUACCUUACAGCAGGCUAGAACCUGUACUCUAGUGCCUCUGGUUCCUAGACAGUGCUCUAUGCUCUGAUCUCUUUCUAUAAAAACAUAACUUUUCCAGCUAGCUAUUAACCAGAGGAAAUGGUUUUAUUUCAGUAUCAAGAUGUCUCUUUGGCCCAGACUGUGUUGUCACUCUUCAUGGUGUCACCAAAUUACCACCUAAACAGUUGCUUCAUACAAUUUGCUAUUAGCAUCUGCUUUUUCUCUCUGCCAGAACAGAUAUAAGUUCUGGUUUGAGACUACUUUCUGCAUUUCUCUUCCAGAUAAGAACCCCAACUAUAAUUUCUUUAUUAAUUGGAGAAAAAAAUUCAACUUUAGGAUACUUGUUAGGCUGGGUGAAAUUAAAUCAAAAGUUGGAUUAUGUCUAUGGGCUCUCUAUGCUCUUCUGCAUUUCUUAAUACUAUGGCUUGGCUCUGAUAGAACUAAAUGAGUUGGAACCAGGCAACUUGAGAAUUAAGGACCCAAGAGUAUCUAGUGGCUUUUUCAGCACAAAAUGUAGCUUAAUUAUUAGCAAGUGUGUAGAAAGUAAUAGUGUGCCAUAGGAGUUACAGCAUUUGAUGGGAAGAUGAUUAAACAGAAGCUCACUGGUAUCCUAACUACAAAGCUCAGGUAGAGGAGGACAUGCACUCUACUGGAAGUGUGUUGAGCUCUUUGUGGGAUAGAGUAGCUACCCAAUUUCAUUUUCACUUGAAAGAAAUUGAAUCAUUUUGUGGUGUCCCAGCAACACAAGUGGCCAACAAGAAGGUAGGGAAAGUAAAAAUUAACACUGGGAGAGACUUACAGCCAAACUCCACAUCUUUACUCUCACUAUUCCCUGUGCUUGGAGUGUUCUGGGAAACAAUUCUCUUCCUUCCUUUCACCUCUUGAAGACUUACUACAUUUAUUUUUUAGGCUUACUGCUUUUCUAAAAUUGUGACUUCUUUCAGGAAGCCUUAUUUAAAACUCCAAUAAGAAAUGAUCUUUCUUUCCUCGGAAAGCCCUUUGUACUUGUCUUAAUGUUUUUAUAUAUUCUAUUUUGCACUGUAAUUCUGGAUAUUUAUCAAACUGCCAAUUUGUAUAUUUUGUAUUUCCCUAUGAGAAUAUGAAUUAAGUGCAUUUUUAUCUCCCUUAAUCACCUAAUUUAAUAAGUAUUUAAUAAAUGGUCCAUGAAUCAAUGAAUCUUAACUGUAAGUAACUUAUAUUUAUAAUAGUGCUUCAGGAGGUUUUACAAAGUUUUUUUUCCCCACACCAAUCAAUAAAGUCUAUAUGCAUUUUUUA